AUGACCACCCUUUCCGAAUACCGCCUCCUCUCCCUUGACGUAUACGGCACCCUCAUCGACUGGGAGACCGGCGCCAUAAACAACUUCCAACCUCUGGUCGAAGCCAGCGGGAUCCACCGCUCUCGCGAGCAGAUCCUCUCCGCAUACUACGAAUGCGAACGGGCCCAGCAAGCCGCCACUCCCAGCAUGAAAUACACCGAUCUCGUUGCCGCCAUUAAUCCCCAGAUGGCAGCCCGUUUGGGCCUUCCCGCGCCAACUCCAGAGCAAAGCGUCGCCUUUGGGCAGUCCGUGCGAGACUGGCCUGUUUUUCCGGACAAUAUUGACGCCCUGAAGCGGUUGCGGAAGCAUUUUAAGCUGGUUUGUCUUUCCAACGUGGAUGUGGGGUCUUUUAAGGGAUCGAAUGCGGGACCUCUGGAGGAUAUUCCUUUUGAUCUGGUGAUCACUGCUGAGGAGGUGGGGAGUUAUAAGCCGGAUCUGAGGAACUUUGAGUAUAUGCUGCGGAUGGCGCAGGAGAAGUUUGGGAUACCGAAGCAUCAGGUUGUUCAAACCGCGCAGAGUCAGUUUCAUGAUCAUCAUGCUGCGAGGAAGAUGGGGAUUCGCUCGAGCUGGAUUGUUAGGCCGGGUUCGGUCAUGGGUAAUAUGAAUGAGUAUGUGUAUGACUGGAGGUUUAACACUCUGGGGGACAUGGCGGAUGCAUUUGAGAGAGGGCUCUAG